AUGCCCAUUCAGAAAUUGGAAAAAGGCUCAGGUUGGAAUUUAGUAUCGAGCUCUUUUAUCCAGAGCCCAUAUUCUGCUGUUAAAGAGUUAAUUGAAAAUGGAAUUGAUGCAACUCCCAAAAAUAUUAAUUUAGAAAUAGAUUCUAAAACUGGAGGAUGCGAAUAUAUAAGUGUUAGAGAUGAUGGGCAAGGAGUCGCUCUAGAUGAUAGAGAUAUUAUGUGUUUAAACCACACAACCUCAAAAAUUGUACGGUACGAAGAUAUUUCAGAAUCUAGUUUCUUAGGAUUUCGAGGAGAGGCUUUAUUCAUGCUAGCUAAUCUUUGUAAUAAGAAAGGAUAUUUGGAAAUAGUUUCUCGAGUUGAUAGUGAAAAUAUUGGUUCUAAAUGGCGAGUAGAUUCUGAAGGUAGAAUUAAAGACCUUAGUAAAGGAAAAGUAGUACAUCCAAUAGGAACAACCAUAACGUUAGGUAGUCUAUUUGGAGGACUAAGAGCUAGAUAUUUGGAUAUGUCUUCAAAAUCACAAAAAACAAUAGCAAAAAUCAAACAUCUUCUUUAUCAUUAUCACCUUUUAAAUCCUAGCAUAAGAUUUCAUUUUUAUUUAGUUUCAUUAAAAAGGGAUGGAUCAAUUGUAAAGGGACUCCCACAAUUGCUGAGCCUUCCUCAAAAUAUUAAUUUAUCUCGAACGUUGAGCAUGAUUAUUGGUCUUAAACAUUCUACCUCAAUUAAAAUAAUAUCGUCAUUAAAUGUUAAAAUUAAUGAGCAUUUAUCUAUUGAUCUAUUGUUACCGCUAUCAAGAAGUGAUACAAACUCAGAUAAUAAAGCUAUAAAGAAUAAUUAUCAAUUUCUUGCCAUUAAUUCUAGACCAGUAUCAAUACAAUUGGAUACAGGGCUUCGCUUAAAAAAAAUGCUACAAAAUAUUUACAAAGAAUUAGAACUAAAUGCUCCUUUAUUCUGGUAUCUAAAUAUAUAUUAUGAUCCGCAUUUAAUUGAUAUAAAUAUUGAACCUGAGAAAAAUGAUGUUUUAAUAAAGAAUAUCAGUGGCCUUCUAGAAAAUGUUGGUGAAACUAUAAAAAAUAUUAUUAUUCAAGAAGUUCGAAAAGUUAAAAAUGAUUUAGAUGAAUAUGGACUUGGGGAUGUGCCAAAUAAUUAUAAUGAGCCUAUUGAUGAGCAUCAUACUCUCACGGCCUCCUCCUACAUUCAUCCCAUUCAAAAUUUACAAACAAUUUCUCAUCCUUCGAAUGAUUUGAGACAGAAAUUACCCAUCUUAAAAAAAACUUGUACCAAAGAUUGUUCAAUUAUUGCAAAUACAAUUAAUAAUCCAACAAAUAACUCCCAUACUACCGAUUCUUUAAGACCUUCAAACAACAGAAAACUAACUUUGGGUGAAAUUACAUCUGAGAAAAUAGUAUGCACUCUUUCAAUGGAAGAUACGUACACAGAGUCUGAUUCAGGAAGCCUAGAAAAGAAUACCCAAGAAUCUUUAUCGAGCGUAGAUUUUAAUAAUACUACUUUAAUAAAUGAAGAUUUAGAACUUUCAAAAGAUAAUUCCCUUUCUAAUCCAUUUAUUCUUUCUAAGUUGAAAGGUAUGAAAAAGCAAAAAGAAAUGUGUAAAUUGGAACGACAACAUAUUUCAUUAAACUCAGUUGAAAAUAAUAAUGAUAAACCAAAUUUUUCGCAAAAGCUAACUUUAAGAAAACUAAAUAAAGUGCAAGAAGAAACUCUCUUUAAUCUUCAAUUUUCUAAACUUAAUAACACUUCUACAGAUAAUAAUAAAAAUAAUAACAAGCACAUAGGAUACAAUAACAAUAACAAUCGCUAUAAGAAAAGAAGGUUAGGGAUGUUCUCAGAAUUUACUAAUAGACAUUGCCAAAAAUUAGAUUAUACUGGAUCUAACGAUAAGAUAAUAGCAUUUCUGUCAAGCUACCAUUCUCUUGCAAAUAAUUCUCCAAUUUCACUAAUUUCUAAUAUUUUAUUGGAUGGGCUAUCCAGUCGAUUAAAAGAUAAAUCGGAAAAUGUGAAUUUGUGUUUACAAAAAUCUCCAGAAGGUUGGCUAAAAUAUAUACCUAAUUCUAUAUAA